AUGCCCGUACGUAAUUGCUGCGUAGGAUGCCAGGGGCCCAUGCCGGGGCCGUGCUGCGGGGGCCCCUGUGCCUCUCGCAUGGACUGCGGCACUGGACCGUGUUGUGUCCACUCUGUUGGAGCUUGCUGCUCUCCCUACUCUGGAGGAAUUGGCUGUUUGCAUGGUGCCCGUUGCGGUAUGGCGGGUUCGUACUACAGCUGCGGGCACGCGUGCAUAGGCGGGUGCACUAGCGGCCUCUGCGCGUCCUGUUGCGGCCCAUGCUGCGGCUGA